GUGUUACACCUUUAGAGUUGUUCUGUCAGAAGAAGAAGAAACACAGCAGAGUGAGAGUGACGUAUUUUUUCCGCGACACGGCUGCUACACGUGUGUCCGGUCCGAUCCAGGUUCUGAUCGGGUCUCGGCUGGUGUCAGUGUGCUGUGAUGGAGGAACGCAGCCGCCUGUGUUCCGUGUGGCUCGGUUCUGAGACCGGGAUCCUGAAGGGGGUCAGUCUGGACCGGAAGCAGGCCUUUAACUUCUGCAACACGCGCACGCUGAGCCGCGAGCAGGAGGUGCGCGCGCUGUGCUGGGGGGACCCCGCGGAGAGCGAGCUGCUGCUGGGCUGUUUGGACGGAACCGUCCGAACCUUCAGCACCGAGAAGGGCGUCUUCACGGAGGCCCGGAGCUGCGGUGACCCGCAGGAGGGCUGCUUCAGCGGGCUGGCCUCGCUGCGGGGCUCCGCCGUCAUCACCUGCGUGGAGUGCGGGAAGCUGCGGGUGUGGCGGGAGGACAGCAGCCGGCCCGUGGCCGAGCUGGACGCGGGGAGCAGCGUGUGCCGGAUGCGGCAGAGCCCGGUGGACCCGAACCGGGUGGCCACGGGGGGCAAGGAGAACGGCCUGAAGAUCUGGGACCUGGAGCGGCCCGAGAAACCGGUGUUUACCGCGAAGAACCUGCGGGACGACUGGCUGGAUCUACGGAGGCCGCACUGGGUCAGAGACAUGGCCUUCAUCCCAGAGUCCGACAAGGUGGUCACCUGCACAGGUUACCAUCAGGUCCACGUGUUCGACCCGUCCAGCCCUCGGCGCCGGCCCGUCCUGGAGGCCGAGUUCGGCGAGUACCCGCUGACGGCGCUGUCGCUGCCGGCGGCGGGCCACACGGUGGUGGUGGGGAACACCCAGGGCCAGCUGGCCCUGCUGGACCUGAGGAAGGGGCUGGUGCGCGGCGUCCUGAAGGGGCUGUCGGGCGGCGUGCGCGCCCUGCAGUGCCACGCCUCCCAGCCCCUGGUGGCGUCCUGCGGCCUGGACCGCUUCCUCCGCAUCCACAGCCUGGAGGACCGCAAGCUGCAGCACAAAGUCUACCUGAAGUCCCGGCUGAACUGCCUCCUGCUGGCCAGCCGGGAGCUGCAGGGCGGGGGGGCGGCGGAGGGAGGGGCCGAGCAGGAGGUGAAGGAGGAGGAGGAGGAGGACGAGGUGUGGGACAGCAUGGAGCGGGUGGAGGAGGCGGCGAUGAAGAGGAAGCCAGGAGGAGGCGAGGAGGUGAAGAAGAAGAAGAAAGCAGGAGACUGAGAGGCGUUUAAGGUGUGAUCAGAGCGUGGGAAAUGCCAGCGUCUGCAGACUGAAACAGGUUAACGCUGUUGGACUGAAGUCAGACAUGUUCGCAGGUCUAUUACGGCUAACCAGAACCCACCAGAACCUCCCGUCGGUUCUGUUCCGACACCUUUUUCCUCCCGCCGUCGGACCCGUUACAGUUUGUUUUUCUAACUGUAAUUUAAUAAAUGUACCUUUUUAUCAUAA